GAUAAACCGUCUUGUGAGGGAUAUUUAUUAUGCUUUUUUGUAGUUAACCCAAAAAACGUGUUGUAGCCUUAUGUUUAAAUAUUGUAUUUUAUUAGAUUAUUCGUUGAUAUUAACGCUGUGACUAUAGAUAAUAUUUUUAACAAUUUAUAAUUCAAUGGGUGUUAGAACUGCAUGCAGGUUAUUUAAUUAAGAAUGGGCGCUUAUUUAUCCAAGCCUGUUGUGGAAAAGCAUUCGAGCGAUGAAUCGAAUAACAUAUUAACUUGUGCAGCUAGUAGCAUGCAAGGAUGGAGAAUAACUCAAGAGGAUGCACAUAACCUGAUAUUAAACUUUGACAAGGAUACAUCACUCUUUGCUGUUUAUGAUGGGCAUGGGGGUGCCGAAGUGGCUAAAUACUGUGCUGAAAAGUUGCCUGAUUCCAUCAAGGAAACUCAAGCUUAUAAAAAUGGGGAUAUAGCACAAGGUCUUAAAGAUGCUUUCCUUAGUUUUGAUGCUACCAUUGCAGAAAAAAAAGUCAUUGAAAUACUCAAAAAUUAUACCAACUUUGAUAAUGACAUUAACAAGCAAGUCAGUUUGAAUGGAACUGAGGAUGACGGAUAUUUAGAUGAUACCUCAGAAUCUUGUGAAGAUAAAGUUUCCAUCUCCAAAAACUGUACAACAGAGUUAAAACCGGAAGUAGAAAACAAUGAAAAAUUGCAAGAAAAAGAAAAUAAAACAGAUGAUAAAAGCACAGAUAAUGCUACAGAAUUAAAUGCUAGUUCGAAUGAAUCUGAAGAGGAUGAUGAUGAAGAUUGUGAAGAAUAUUUAGAUGAAUCGUCAGAUUCUUGUGAAGACGACAUUCCUGAUCCUAAGGAUACCGAAUUUAUGGCAAAUAUGAAGGAGGAACCUGGUAGUGAUAGUGGAACUACUGCUGUCGUAGCAAUUAUACAUGAGAAGGAACUUUACGUAGCCAAUGCUGGUGAUUCUCGGUGUGUUCUAUGCCGCAAUGGCAAAGCAGUAGAUAUGAGUAUUGAUCACAAGCCGGAAGAUGAAUCUGAACAAAGUAGGAUUACAAAAGCUGGAGGAAGGGUGACCUUGGAUGGAAGAGUUAAUGGCGGUUUAAAUUUAUCUAGGGCCAUUGGAGAUCAUGCUUAUAAACAGAAUAAAAAUUUACCCGCGGCAGAGCAAAUGAUCACUGCUUUACCUGACGUUCAACAUAUUACUUUAACAAAUGAAGACGAGUUUAUUAUAUUAGCUUGUGAUGGCAUUUGGAAUUACCUGAACAGUCAGGAAACAGUCGAUUUUGUUAGAUCAAGAUAUAGAGAUGAAUUGAAAUUGUCGUGUGUAAUAGAGCAGCUUUUUGAUCACUGUUUGGCACCAAAUACAAUGGGUGAUGGUACUGGUUGUGAUAACAUGACAGCAAUCAUUAUUAGUUUACAACAAUUACACGGGGACAAUAAAAAGCUUCCUGAAAAAAUUAAAAAUGAUUCAGAUGACGCUCUAAGUUCUAAAAGAGCAGGUUCUCCUCAAACAACGGAACAAGAUAGCAAAAAAUUCAAAUCUGAAAAUCAUCGAUAGCAUAAAGUUGAACAAUUAAGCUAAAAAAUUUAAUUUAC